AGGAGGAGGAAGAAGCCAAGAUGGUGAUGUGGAUUCUUCUUCUGUGCCUGAGCAAUGGAUUGAUGCAGACAACCUCCACUGCUGAUGUCACUCCCACACCCUCCUCUUCAUCAGCGUCACCUACUAAAGAUGAGAGUAUCCAACUAGUGGACUGGUUGAUGAAGUAUGGCUACCUCCCACCCUCAGACCCCUCCACGGGUCAGCUCCAGGCCUGGACAGCUGUCACUAAAGCUGUAAGGGUAAUGCAGAGGUUUGCAGGCCUCAAAGACACGGGAGUUGUAGAUGAGGAGACAAUGGCGUUGCUGAACAGUCCACGCUGCUCCUUACCUGACCAAGAUGAACCAUCCAAAUCACUGGCUAGCGAGGGGGAAGAGGGGGGAAACAUGAAGAGAAGGAGAAGGGGAAUAACUACGUGGACGCGCAGGGACAUUAACUGGAGAUUGCGUUCAUACCUGUCCUCUCCCCAUCUACCCCGGGAAACGAUUCGCAGCCUGAUUUUCUAUGCUCUAAAAGUUUGGGCAGAGCCAACACCACUGGAGUUCCAUGAGGUGGGCAGUCCAGAGGCAGCAGACUUUCAGGUAGACUUCCUUCAUGGUUACCACGGUGAUGGCUAUCCCUUUGAUGGAGCAGGCGGUGCAGUUGGCCAUGCGUUUUUCCCAUCAGACCCUGCCCGGGCAGGAGGGAUUCAUCUGGAUGCAGAGGAGGAGUGGACCUUCAGACAGCCAGCCUCUGAAGGCACUGAUCUGUUCACAGUGCUGGUCCAUGAGUUUGGCCAUGCACUGGGCCUUGCUCACUCUUCAUCCCGCCACUCAGUGAUGAGGCCCUACUACCAGGGUCCCGCUGGGGACCCUCUCCACUACAGUUUGGGACGGGAGGAUCUGGAGCACAUCACCCAGCUCUACGGUAAAAGGAACCAGCAGCUGGCCACAGAUGCUCCUCAGCUUGCCCCAGAGCCUCAGUUACGCCACAGAGGCCACAGCCACCGUCAUAGACAUGGCCCUUCCAUAGAUCGCUGUAACACAAGUUUUGAUGCUGUAGCGAGGAUCCGAGGAGAGACUUUCUUCUUCAAAGGUCUGAUGAUGUGGCGAGUCAAUAGUGGCGGCUUGGUGUCAGGCCGCGGGGCUUCUGUCCGGAGGUUGUGGAGGGGUCUGCCACCUGACCUUCCUCGUCUUCACGCUGUGGUGGAGAGACAUUCAGAUCAUGCCAUCAUCUUUAUCAGUGGUUCCCAGUUCUGGUUAUUCAGGGAUCUGACUCUGCAAGAAGGCUAUCCCCAGCCUCUGUCUGCCCUCAGGAUGGGGGUAAACUUAGCCAGAGCAGAUGAAGGUGAAGAGCAAGGGGCAGCACCAGGGAGGUCGGGCCUGGACUGGGACCCAGAGGAGGGCCCCGUAUGGAGGGACAUCGGAGGUGCCGGGGAACAGAAACUAGAUGACACCUGGACUCAGCUGCUGAGUGAAGGAGUCAGUGGCAUCACUACAGACAGUGAUGGCUCCAUCUAUCUCUUCAAAGGUGACUCCUACUGGAAGUUCAUGUUCCCAGGCUCCUCGCUGCAGGACGGAUACCCACGAUCCUCUGCUGCAGACUGGCUGGACUGCAGUGACUCCUCCUCAUCCUCACUUAUGGUGGACGACCUCUCCUUGUCUCUGUCUAGAGGAAGACAGGAGCUCAGGGAGGGGUGGAGGGAAGAGAGGGAUGAGGAGGAAGAAUCAGGAAGGAUGGGGGACAAUGGGAGGUACAGAUAUGUAAAUUCACAUAAAGAUAAGCAGGACAGAGGUUCACACAUCUGGACACAAUGCACUUGCGAAAAUGGAGCCCUAUGUAGUCGAACAGCAUCCUAUAUUUCUACCUUGCUGCUGAUUAUUUGGAUGGUAUUGGCUUUUUAAACCUAGACAAGACAACAGAGAAGAGCAACUUAUCAUCGAACACUCACCAUGAGAUCAGGAGAACUGUACCACUCUCCCAAAAAAUGACAAUAAUUGCUCAUACAUUUCUGACGGUGUAUGGCUUAACCGAAAUGGAUCUAAUGUGUUAAUUGGUAGGCUUUGGACAUGUUUACUUUAUUUUUGACUGAGGACAGAGCCAAGCUGUGGACAGAGCUGUCAAGAUAUUAGAUUUUUGCAACACAAUUAUCUUCGUCUUUUCGGUCUUAGCGUGAUAAGCAGCAUUGAGGAGUGUUAGCACCACCGCCAGUGUGAAUUGAGAGAAAUGCAAAUGAUCUAGGAGGAGAUGUAUUGUUUAUAUCUGUAAAUAUGUGUGAAAAUCCCAGAAGCAUUUGCACUGUUUCUGUUUCUCUCCUGCUGCUUAGCAGUUGGCUGCAUGCCAGCUGAAGGUAAACCUACAGAUGUGUCAGUGGACAUGAAUAGCCAGCAUAUUCAAUAUAUUGAGGUGGCUG